AUUCCAGCGCUUUGAACACGCAGUAGCAACGUGCAUAUAGAGAUUGGAAUAGAUGAUAAUCUGGAAAAUGAAGUAGAAGGAAUCGACUCAGUAAAUUCGACAGUUGCGCAAUCAGAUAUCGUUAAUCCACCAAGGGCAGAAAAAUCCAAAAAAAACGAUGCAAAGUUGCAAACUGAGGUGUUGCUAUCGGUGCGUGAUCAUUUUAAACGACCGAAAAUGGAAGAAGAUCGGUAUGACGUUAGUGCAAAAGGUUUUGCUAUGAGAUUGAGGGAAUUGGAAAAAAGGCAGCGAAUCAUUGCUGAAAAGUUGAUGAAUGAUAUCCUUUUCGAGGGUGAAAUGGGUAGCUUGACAUUAAACCAUAAGUUAACAACAGCAGCAGAAACUACAUCAAGCUGUUACGCGCGAAAUCAUAGUUCAAAUUCCAAUUUUAGUACAAAUUCUAAUUUGAGUUCUUUUUCUGAAAAUGGUGUCUACGUGUAUCAAGAAAAUGAUGAUAUUGCUACUAAUCAACAACAAACUCAACCAGAAAAUGCUGCUCAUUAUAUAACUAAUUUUAUAAACUCUCUUGAAAACUAAACAA